GCGAGAUAAUCACUAGAGUGACAAGCGUUUUUCCAGUCUACGAAACCAUUCAGACAAUUUCCAAUUGCUUUAGACUUAUUUCCCAAUAAUUACGAUAAUACGAGAGGACUUUUGGAGUAUUUAGACAUUGUGGGAUAAAACAUCUGCGUCCCAUCAUGACGCUCAACAAGAUGGAAGUGGACGAGAAACUUUCAAAGGGCGAGGGUUUCAAGCCGUAUUAUAUUACGAAAAUUGAGGAAUUGCAGCUUAUCGUUGCGGAGAAGGGGCAAAACUUGAGGAGAUUACAAGCACAACGUAAUGAGCUCAAUGCUAAAGUCCGUAUGCUUCGAGAAGAGCUCCAGCUCCUCCAAGAGCAGGGCUCCUAUGUUGGUGAAGUUGUAAAACCAAUGGACAAGAAGAAGGUUCUCGUAAAAGUUCAUCCCGAAGGUAAAUUUGUCGUCGACAUUGACAAAAACAUCGACAUAAAUGACGUCACUCCAAAUUCACGAGUUGCCCUUAGAAACGAGAGUUAUACCCUUCAUAAAAUCCUCCCUAACAAAGUGGACCCUCUGGUAUCGCUCAUGAUGGUAGAAAAAGUUCCCGACUCAACUUAUGAGAUGGUGGGGGGUCUCGAUAAGCAAAUCAAGGAGAUUAAGGAGGUGAUUGAGUUGCCUGUGAAACAUCCGGAGUUAUUCGAUGCAUUGGGUAUUGCUCAGCCCAAGGGCGUUUUGCUUUAUGGUCCACCAGGAACUGGAAAGACUCUUCUGGCUCGAGCUGUUGCACAUCACACAGAAUGUACGUUCAUUCGUGUAUCUGGAUCAGAGCUCGUUCAAAAAUUCAUCGGCGAGGGUUCGAGAAUGGUCAGGGAAUUGUUUGUUAUGGCUAGAGAGCAUGCACCCUCGAUUAUUUUCAUGGAUGAGAUCGAUUCAAUCGGUAGUUCGAGAAUUGAAUCGGGCUCUGGGGGUGACAGUGAAGUACAGCGAACUAUGUUAGAGCUGUUGAAUCAGCUUGAUGGCUUUGAAGCUACUAAGAAUAUCAAAGUCAUCAUGGCCACCAACAGAAUUGACAUUUUGGAUCCUGCUUUGCUUCGCCCUGGAAGAAUCGAUCGUAAGAUUGAAUUCCCCCCACCAAAUGAAGAGGCCAGACUCGACAUUCUCAAGAUCCAUUCGCGGAAAAUGAAUUUAACGAGGGGAAUCAAUUUGAGAAAAAUUGCAGAAUUGAUGCCUGGAGCCUCUGGAGCCGAAGUUAAGGGUGUUUGUACUGAAGCAGGUAUGUAUGCGCUUCGGGAACGUCGGGUGCACGUGACACAGGAGGAUUUCGAAAUGGCCGUUGCCAAAGUUAUGCAGAAAGACUCUGAGAAGAAUAUGUCUAUUAAGAAACUGUGGAAGUAAUUUUUUUCAUUUAAAUGUAUUGCUAAGAAAUUUAAUAAAUGCUCUGGCUAAUUUCGA